AGACAUUGAAUUAAACUUAUCUUUCAAGUUGCAGAACAGAUCAGCGUUUAAAAAAAUAUCUGCGUACCGGUUACCUUUGCAGCUAUAUAACGAUGAACACAGCUACCGGUGCUGUCAUUCUGAUGCUCCUCAUCGGCGUGCCAUGGGCUGUGAUGGGUCAGAAUGACACGUAUUGUGAAGACAAGGAAGAUGGCUACUACUGCCAACACUGCUGGCAGAUGGUCUUCUGCCUCGCUUCUGUAGAAACUCCUACCAGCUGCGAAGCAGGAUACGCAUGCGAAGUGUUUCCCUCAGCUGGCGUGGCAGCUUGCGUGCCUACAGGUUCUGCAACGACGUGCGCGUGCACUGCAAGCGUCUGUGAUCCUUAUGAUCCAAAUUAUGUGGACGUGUGCAACACAGGAGGAAUAUACGAUGUCACUGACUGUACGCCUGUGGGAACUUGCACUGACGGAAAAUGUGUUGCCGGAGCAACAACGGUCGAUCCUCCCAGUCCUUCAUCCUGUGAUGAAAUCACAGGUGAUGCGACCGGUUGGCAUGCAAUUCCGCCCGCCUGCACAGACGGAUUCUACUGCACGGCGGCAGGCGUACAGACCAAUAAUAUCCAGUGUGCUGUAGGACAAUACGUGGAUGAAAAUGGGAACUGUCAAUCGGCACCUCCAAUACCCUGUGAUAGCGGAUGUCGAGGCUACUGUCCUGAUGAAACAAACUGCACUCAAUACUACGUGUGUGAUGGCGCGGGUGGAAUCUCAGCAGGUCCUCUGGUGUGUCCCAAUGGCAACUUCUUCGACCCAGAUGCUGUACCGCCAAGUUGCGUGCAAGGAGACGAUUCUGUGUGUGCUCCCUUAACCUUUUGUAGUUUCGACACCUCAUCAGGGGGAGUGAAUACAACUACCACGCCAAGCGGAGUAGUGAACACUACAGCAUCCAGUGUAAGCAGUACUCCAUCUACCUGCUCCGCGGGAACCGCUGGCAACUAUCCUUACGGCUCGUGCAGUCAAUUGUACUGGGCCUGCCGCGACGUUGGCCAGGGUAACUACCAGUGGGUGCAGAUGCAGUGUCCAGGCAACUACGUGUUCAGCACAGACCCCAACUACCCGUACUGCGUGACCCCAGCAAGCGAGGCGACAUGUUCAGCCAUCAGGUCUAACCAUUAGGAGACGCUACAUCGUAUUAAUACGGAACAACAAGUCAACAAUGAUACAAAUUUUAGCAUAAUUAUGCGAAACGUGAACGCCUGGAUUGACUGUAACGGAGGCCUCAAGACGGGAAUGAUAUAUAAUACUAGUAGCAACGCACGUAAAAAAAAUAAACAAAAUAUUGAUGUUCACAAAAUGUGAUUAUUAAUGCGCAUCCAUAUUGAGUGAAUUACUGUUUUUCUGAAGAGUACUCCGAGUAUUUUUUAUUUUCUGAAAGCAAGUAAAGCGUCAAUUAUUACUGUAAGUUCCUCUCUUCAUUAUUGCAUACAUUCGUGUAUUAUAUUUUAAUGCGUGCUUCAUGCUGUGCCAUCUUGGCCUUAAAAUAUGAUGAAAAUGUUAUAUCAUGGUAACAAUUUACUGCAUUAUUUUAAUUAUAAAGGUGCGUAGAUUAAUUUUCCUGGCUUUUACUCCACCUUAUCAGAAAUGAUGUAGAAGUUAUUUCUUCAACGUAAUUGAAUAUUUAUUCAGUUCAGCCUCUCAAACCGAGCCUUGAUACGCCCCUUAUCUCGCUUAUGUCUCGGCGAUGAACAAAACAGUUCCAUUUAUUGGAGUGGCUUCGCUGUCACUUGCCGUAGCAAUUAAGUGGGAUGAUGCAACCUCUUCUCGUUGAACCAUUCUUAUCUGGAUAACAUGAUGGUCACGG